AUGCCUACGUGGAAUCAAAUUCAAGCACAGCUACGAAAUCCAAAUAACCCAGUGGUAUUUUUCGACGUGUCUGUGGGUACAACAGAAAUUGGCCGAAUGAUCUUUGAACUCUUUGAAGACGUCUGUCCGAAGACUUCAGAAAACUUUCGACAAUUCUGUACUGGAGAAUACAGAAAGGACGGUGUGCCAUUAGGCUUCAAAGGUGCUAUUUUUCACAGAGUUAUUAAGGACUUUAUGAUCCAAGGUGGUGACUUUGUAAAUGGCGAUGGAACUGGAGUAAUCAGCAUCUAUGGUGGUGGAACAUUCCCUGACGAAAAUUUCACAUUAAAACACGAUUCUCCUGGAUUAUUAUCUAUGGCAAACAGUGGCAAAGACACCAAUGGUUGUCAGUUCUUCAUUACAUGUGCCAAAUGUAAUUUCUUGGAUGGCAAACACGUUGUCUUUGGAAGAGUUAUCGAUGGACUUCUAGUUAUGAGGAAAGUGGAGAAUGUUCCUACAGGACCAAACAAUAAACCAAAAAUUCCUGUGACAAUAUCUCAAUGUGGACAGAUGUAA